AUGCCUCCAAAAAUUGAGUUUGGCUCCUCCUCCGACAACCCCAAGAUCACCCCUGACAACCCUAAUGUCGCCCUUAACGAUCAAUUGGAGGUUUUAAUCCACCUUGUCACCGCCACCAACAAUCGCCUAGACACCAUCACCACUCAUCUUGUUGCACAAUCCAACACCAUGAACAACAUUGUCAAGCUUCUCACCGCUAACAACAACAACAACCAGGUACAACCACCGCUGAUGCCGCCACCACCACCACCUAAUGCUCACCCUCGCCCACCAAAAAUCUACCUCCCGAACUUUGAUGGAUCAAACUCGUUGGAUUGGGUGUUCCAAGCGGAAAACUACUUUACCUAUUAUGCUAUCCCACCAAACCAACGACUUGCCCUUUCCGUUUUUUACUUCACGGGUGAUGCCCUCAGUGGGUACAAACAUAUAACCAACAAAAACCUCCUUGGCCGAACUUGCCCUUCACGCCCCCAAACUCUCCAUCAAACUUAUGGUCUCACGAAGCUAAUCGAGGAUAAACUUCGUGCUCAACUUUCAUCUUCCGAGGAUUCCAUCGAGUCUCCCCUCACAAAACCGCCAUUAUUUCCCACCCUCCACCAUGUAACAUCCCGAUAUUCAGAAUUCAGAUCCAAGUUCUUGCAAUCACAAGUUCUAGUUAUAAUUCUUCUCACGAGGAGUAAAUUCCAUGCGGAUCGUUUGAACUGGAGCAAGAUCUUCACCUAA